AUGUGUUACGGCAUUCUCCUCGGAGCAGAUCUCCACGCAGACUUCCGGCAGAUCCCUGCCUCCGCUCGCGUGGAUCCCAGCUCCCUCCCGUUCCAUCGUCAUCCCACAGGGUCUGAGACGGCCGCGGUCGCCGUUACGCUUUUCCAUCUUGGGAGCGUCGACAGCUACCGUCAGGUCUGGGCUGACGAUGCGUGGGACGGGGACCACGGAAGACGUUGCAGGAAAGCGGAGCAGCGUGUGGAACUGCCGAUCCUCAGUGCGCUCAUAGAGCACGAGGACACCGGGGAGAAAUGGCUCUGGGACUUGGGCAUGUGCAAUGACUUCGACGUUCUACCGACAGCUUUCUCGAACGGCUCGGUAAAGGCGAUCACACCUAGGCUGAGCGAUCGGGGACAGCUCAAGAAUGUCCUGCUGGAUCUCUUCAACGUGAAUUCGAUCGAAGAAGUCGGACUGACCGGCAUCUUCCUGUCGCACGCGCAUGUGGACCACUACGGCAACCUUCUCGACUUUCCAAACGCGGUCCCUGUCUUUGUAGGCUCGGGAACAUUGGGCUGGAUCGGAGGCGGAGAGGACGCUGCGAAGAGGGGCGAGGCGGGCCACUUAUACUUUCCUUCCAGCUUCCUCAAGGAUCGCGUCUUCAUCGAGAUGCACGACGUCGAAAGCAAGGCCGACGACGUUGUGAAGGCCAGAGUGAGACAGACAAAGGUCGGCCCUUUCGACAGAGCAUGGGAUUGGUUCGGAGAUGGCAGCGUUGUCAUCGCGUCUGCCGAGGGUCACUGCCACGGACACAUCGUCCUCCUUGCCAGGACCAGCCCGGGACCGCGGCCAUCUUACGUUCUGCUGUCGGGGGAUGCAGCACAUCAGCAAGCACUCUACCACCCACUGCCGCCCCCUCUCGAGCUUGAUGGGGAGCUCCUCAGCGGGCCUGGCGAUGUGACAUCGAGCUACAGCACGACUUAUGGAGCAGAACACGACCAACGUGCAACGCCCGGUUUCUUCGAUUCACAAAGCUCCGAGGCGAUCACGGACCGACUCGUGCCGGACGGCGAAGCCACGUGCAUGCAGGAGUUUCCUGACAAAGCAAUGCGCACCAUAGCUGCACUGUCCCGUAUGGAGGCAUGCGCUGACGUGAUGGUCAUCCUUGCUCACGAGAUCGAGUUCGCAGAAUCGGUCGGUCUCCGAGAAGGCUCGCGAAUCUCUGUCAAUGGCUGGCGGGAGAAGGGAUACAAGGAGGGCAAGAUUGAGACAGGCAAACGCGCGAGAGAAUUCUUGGAAUCGUUGUAG